AUGCUCCGCUAUGUUCAAGACUUAUGGAGCGCCUUCUUCCCCACGGAGGCGGUGUUUCCCCUCCAAGUCGUCGGCAGGUCUGGCGCUGCCGUGGAGUCGCAAGAGGAAUUAGGGAAGGCGCUGGCCGACACAUUUCUCAUCUUUACAUACCGGGACGGCUUCGAGGCGAUUCCGGCCGUCACGCGCCUGAUUGAGACAGAUCAGGGCUGGGGUUGUCUUCUGCGCACCUCGCAGAUGCUCCUGGCCCAUUUCCUGUGGGCCUACGGCCGCCCAGCAGACCGCAGACUCGCUCUUUUCUUUGACCACAGUGCGGAGACGGCGCCCUUCUCAAUCCACAACCUGAUCCGAAGCGUAUGGAAUCAGCGAGCAUUCAAGGCGGAGUACUGGAGUCCAUCGCAGGGCUGCGAGGCCAUCAAACGGACAAUGCAGGAUGCCAUUAAGACGGAGCAGCUGCAGACGCGGGUGACAGUGGUGACGUCCACAAACGGGUGCGUCUACGCAGACGAGGUACAUCACACCUUCAAGCAGGGGGCGGAGGUGGUGCUCGUCUUAGCCUCCGUGCGCGUGAGUGCUGCAGCGCAGCUGACCCAGGAGAGCUACCUCCAGAUAGAAAAGCUGAUGGAGCAGCCGCAGUGUCUGGGGAUUGUCGGCGGAGUACCGGGGAGGAGCUACUACUUCUUUGCCCACAACCAAACUCAGCUCUUCUACCUCGACCCGCACCAGCGAACCACUGCCGCGCUGCUGAGUGAUGGGCCGUCCGCCACGGUGUCUGUCACGCCAUCCGUCUCCGAUGUGCGCUGUGUGCAUUGGUCCCGCGUCGACACAUCGCUGUUUCUCGCCUUCGCCGUUACGACCCGGGAUGAGUGGGCCGCGCUGGAGGUGCAUCUCUCCAACAGAUUUAUGCACGUCGAAACCCAGAGGUCGCUGCACGACGGCGAUCACUUCGCGCCUGCGCGGCAAGGGCACACCAACGGCACUUUUGUGUCCCCGCUGCGUAUGGGUAAUCGCUGUGAGAUGAACGGCGCGGCCGGAGACCUGCCGCUCUCGGAGACAGCCUUACUAGUACAGCGACGCACGCUGCGGGUGCCUCGUGGGAGACGCCAGGGGGGUGAGGCAGGAACUGCCACUGAUGCUACAGCAGAGAAGAAUGCCGGUGAGGACGAACUCGACACGGACUCGUGGGAAUACCUGGAUUGA